AUGGGAGGCCACUCAUCUGGCAAUGCGGCUUAUGAUGCCGCGCUACAAAGACGUCAGGCAUUGAUGGGAGCUAGUGGUGCAAGGGCUCUUGUCAAGAAUUGGAAAGUCGCCCGCAUCGCUGCCUUCGCCUGCAUUGGCGGUGUCUUGUACGGCUAUAACCAGGGCAUGUUCUCCGGUAUUCUCGCUAUGCCGUCGUUCGACAAGCAUAUGGACGGAUACACAAAGAACCCAACCCAAAAAGGCUGGCUGACAUCAAUUCUCGAGCUUGGCGCUUGGGUCGGUGCUAUCUUAUCCGGCUUCAUCGCUGAAGUUUGCUCCCGUAAAUACGGUGUGCUCAUUGCGACUGGUAUUUUCAUGCUCGGUGUUAUUGUCCAAAUUUCUUCUAUUUCUGGUGGCCACGAGGCAAUUCUUGGAGGAAGAUUCGUCACCGCUAACGUGAAGAACAGCGGUAUGGGUGUCGGAAGUCUUUCUAUGAUUGUCCCACUUUACAAUUCAGAAUGCGCACCACCUGAGGUUCGAGGUGCUCUUGUAGCUCUACAGCAGCUGGCCAUCACUUUUGGCAUCAUGAUCAGCUUUUGGAUUGAAGCCAGGAAGAUCCUCGCUGAUCUCCGAGACCUCCCUGAGAACCACGAGCUCAUCGAGUUGGAGUUCCUCGAGAUCAAAGCUCAGUCGCUAUUCGAGAAACGAAGCACAGCCGAGCUCUUCCCCCAUCUGAAGGAGCAGACCGCUUGGAACAUUUUCAAAUUGCAGUUCGUCGCCAUCAAGGCUCUUUUCCAGACCAAGGCCAUGUUUAAGCGAGUAAUCGUCGCAACUGUGACUAUGUUUUUUCAACAAUGGACAGGUAUCAACGCUAACAACCAGGUCCUCUACUAUGCUCCUCAGAUCUUCAGCCAAUUGGGCCUGAGUCAAACAACCACAAGCUUGCUUGCCACCGGUGUCGUUGGUGUGGUCAUGUUCAUUGCAACCAUUCCUGCCGUGCUAUGGAUUGAUCGUGUCGGCCGAAAGCCUGUCCUCAGCAUUGGUGCUAUCGGCAUGGGAACCUGCCAUCUCAUCAUUGCUGUCAUUCUUGCCAAGAACAUCGAUAGAUUUGAUCAGCAACCAGCUGCUGGUUGGGCCGCGGUGUGUAUGGUUUGGCUGUUUGUGGUCCACUUUGGAUACUCUUGGGGUCCUUGUGCAUGGAUUAUCAUAGCUGAAGUUUGGCCUCUGAGCACUCGGCCAUAUGGCGUAUCUCUCGGAGCUUCCAGCAACUGGAUGAACAACUUCAUUGUUGGACAAGUCACCCCAGACAUGCUGACAAGCAUCAACUAUGGCACAUACAUCUUGUUCGGCCUAUUGACCUACCUUGGCGCCGCAUUCAUCUGGUUCAUAGUCCCGGAGACGAAGCGUCUUUCUUUGGAAGAAAUGGACCUGGUGUUUGGCUCUGAAGGCACCGCUGCUGCGGAUUUCGAGAGGAUGGAAGAGAUCAACAACGAAAUCGGCUUGAGUGCAGUGCUGAACCGCGCCUCGCCUGGUGGAGGAUUCUCCAAGUCGGAUGACUUGGAGAAAAAGGAACUUGAUGCUGCUUCGGCCGAGCAACACUGA